GACUCCUUCAUUUGUUUGCAACGAACCUAUCGGAAAAUACCCGAUAAUUUUGAAGCUCUUGUGGUAUUAUAUAAGUGAAUAAAUUUGUUUGUUUUACACACAUCAUGCCGAAAAUCCCGAAUCUCCGUGCGUUUGGUAAACAUUGUCACAAUUGUGGAAAGUGGAUGGAGCGAAGGGCUCUUCGCAAAGAUGUGACAUGCAAUUUUUGUAAUGGCAGAAUAUUUGCAAGAGAUGGCAAACAAAAUCAAAUGUGCAGUCGAUGUGUGGAGUGCGACAACAUUAUACUCGAUAAUUUCAAUUAUUGCGAGUGCUGUGGCCUAGAAACAAUUAGGCAGUUAAGAAUAACUAAAGCUCGGACACUUUUCAAACAAAGGUUUGACCUUUUUCCAAAAAAUCUAACUGCUCCUGUGGCAUCUGUUAAAUCACUAGCUGCCUCUACAAUACAACCUGUAACUGCUCCUGUUGCAUCUGUUAAAUCCCUAGCUGCCUCUACAAUACAACCUGACAAUUCCCAAGAUUUAUUUUAUGAUGACUUUUGGGUCGAUAACGAAGAGUUGACGGUAGUCGAAAAGUCGCUGGUGACUGAUGAUGUUUCUUCGGACAACGAGAAAAAACAAAAAUCAAUGCUGUCAGUCUGCAGUGAUUUGAUUUCUUUAAAAGAAGAGGAGAAAGAAAAUAUAUCAAAUGGCGGGCAGACCCCCGAAAAAGCGUAAAUAUUCAAGCAGGUUUAGUACAGAACAUCAGCCCCCCAGGACUAACUAUGUAUAUUUAGCACUUUCAAAUAACACCAUUCAAGUAUCAGUACAUUCAGUUGGUUCUAUGAUUUAUGAAUGUGUUCAAUGUCAAGCACUUCAUUUUUUAGGUGAAAAAAUUAAAAAUCAUUUUAAAAAUUGUUGUCAUAAUGGGAAGGUAUACAUAGACCCAGAUAGAACAUUAAAGCCAAUUCCAGAUAUAUUAUUAGAUUUAUACAAAGGCAAUACGUCGGAUGCUAAUCAUUUUAAAGCUAAUAUACGACAAUAUAAUUCAGUAUUUGCAAUGGCAUCCAUAAAUUCAAACUUGAACACACUCCCUCCAGGAUUUUUCACUUAUAGGGUACAAGGGCAAGUUUAUAUAAAAACUGGAUCUUUGUUUCCGUUGCAAGGUCAUAAACCACAAUACAACCAAUUGUACAUAAUUGAAGAUAAAGCAGCAUUAAAUGAACGAUUAUCUGAUUCUAGAAAUAACAUAUGUAGAAGCAAUAUAAUGAGGUCUUUACAAACAAUGCUCAAUGAAUCCAAUCCUUUUGUCAAAACAUACAAAAGAGUGGCUGUAAUUUUAGCUGAAGAGGAGUUAAAAGCAGCCUCAGAAAAUCGACCCAAAUAUUCGGUAUCAAUGCAUUUUUGUAAACAUAAAUCUCUUGAUUUGCGUCGGUAUAACACACCAUCAAAUAAUGAGGUAGCGGUCAUCUUUGUAGGAGAAAACGGUGAACCUCCAUUAAAUAUAGACUUCUCUGUAAAAGAAUAUUCUCAACAUUUAACUACACUCAAAUCAACCAGUCCCAAUAUUGAUCCUUUAGCCUUUCCUUUACUUUUUCCUAAUGGAGAACUCGGAUGGCAUGAAAAUCUUCAACACAGAGAAGAGAGUCGAACUGC